AUGCGUUUCUCCACCACCGUCGCCUGUCUGGCCGCUUGCCUCGCCGCUCCGACCACGGCCCUCGCCAUCUGGGGAGAAUCAGCCUCAGCGCUGACCGCGAACCUCAAGGUCCCUGGAGAGAACCCCAUCGAGUUCUGCUCCGCCGACCGCGACGACAACCUUAUCGAGAUCCAGAAAGUUGAUCUUGCUCCCAAUCCCCCCAAGGCCGGCAACCCGCUUCUCAUCACAGCGACCGGCAACGUCAAGAAACCCAUCCAAAAGGGCGCGUACGUCAAGGUGGUCGUCAAGUACGGCCUCAUUCAACUGCUCUCUACGACCGCAGACCUGUGCGAGCAGCUCGACAACGUCGACCUUAACUGCCCCCUUGAUGAGGGUCAGAUGACCAUCACCAAGAGCGUCGACCUGCCGACUGCCAUUCCUCCGGGAACCUACACCGUGUUCGCCGAUGUCUACUCCGACGAGGACGAGCCGAUCACCUGCCUGAAGGCGAGCGUUAACUUCCCUCGACCGGGCCUGGCUUCCUUCCAGAACCCCGAGGAACUGUGA